AUGGCGAUCAACGGCUUGAACGGAAUCAAUGGUGCCGCUCCUGCAGAGGACAAGCUCAUCUCAGCUCAGAAUGGUGCAACGACAGUGGAUGGCGCAGUAUUGGGCGGGUUGAAAGACCAAAGUCCCAAUCUCGCUUCCAUCCCUACAACUCAGCUCUUCUCGUUGGCCGACCAAGGAGUAAUCGUCACUGGUGGUGCCCGUGGUUUAGGGUUGUGCAUCGCUACAUCCUUGUUGGAAUCCUCAGCAGCCCAUGUAUACUGCGUCGAUAUCCUCCCUAGCCCUUCGGAAGAGGAAUGGGCUGUAGCUGAACAUACAGCUAAGAGGUUUGGAGGAAAGAUCGAGUAUCGAAGAUUAGAUAUUACGGAUGAGGACGCCGUUUCUAGGAUUUUCAGCGACAUCUUUGAUACCUGCCAAUACCCGAUAACCGGGUUUUUUGGGGCAGCGGGGAUCCAGCAGAUGAUUCCAGCCUUGGACUAUCCCAUCAACGACUUUAGGCGCUUGAUGGAAGUGAAUGUCACUGGCACAUUUAUAACAGUCCAAGCUGCCGCGAGAGAGAUGAAGAAACGAGGGGUCAGGGGAAGUAUCGUGAUUACCGCCUCCAUGUCCGCAUCUAUUGCUAACAAAGGACUUACGUGUUUGGCUUACAACACUUCCAAAUCCGCUCUUUUGCAGAUGUGUAGAAGUGCAGCGGCAGAAUGGGGGACGUACGGUAUCCGAGUGAACACCUUGUCUCCUGGAUAUAUACGUACUGCGAUGACAGAUGGUUUACUAGCCCAGAAAGAAGGAUUGGAAGCAGAAUGGCUAAGCGGUAGCAUGCUUCAUAGAUUAUCUACUCCAGACGAGUACAGAGGUCCUGUUCUAUUCCUGCUCAGUACAGCUUCGAGCUUUAUCACUGGAGCUGAUCUCCUUGUGGAUGGAGGUCAUACAGCCUAUUAG